GAAUAAAUUUGGAAAGACUUGUUUAAAUCCGAACGCACCUGUCAAAUUGAUGAAGUAAAAAAUAAAAUCAUUCAAAAUGGAAAAGGAUUAUGACGUGCUCGGGAAAUAUAGAGCUGUUUCCAAUAAAUUGAAAAAGCGAUUCCUGAAACGACCAAAUGUAGCAGAAGGGAUUGAGCAAUACUCGUCAUUGUCCAAGUUAUUGAAGGAACAGGAAUGCCAACAGUACGCUGCUUUUUGUGCUCUUGCUCAAGCAAGAUGUGAGCACACCAUGGUGAAUGCUGCAGGGGAAUCCCAAUCACUGACCGAGGCAGCUCGUAACUUCCUGGAGGCAGAAGUAGCCAAUCAGGAGCUCAGGUGUCCCAGCUUCAACGAACACCUUACAGCAGCCAUCAAUUGUUACAGCCAUGCAAUACGGGUUCACAUCGAGAACAACAGUGCAGCAUUGGCAGCUGCUUUGUGUAUGGAGCUUGGCAAUGCCCUGAAGAAACUAAACAAACCUGGUGAAGCAAUGGCACAUUAUCAAAGGGCAGCAGAACUCCAGUCUCAUAGCCCACUUGACUGUCUUCAAUCUCUCAGUGAAGUCACCUCUUGUAAAAUUGCAAUUAAAGAUUAUGAUGGAGCUCUAAGUGUCCUCACAGAGAUGGCCUACUUAGCACAAGAGAGAGGAGGUUCUUCCAUCACGGGCCGGCCAGUGGGGGCUUAUUGUGAUUUCCUUUGUCUCUGUGAGAUUUCAAGGGUGCUCUUGUUAAUGAUGUUACAGCCCACACCACAGAGAAUAAGACCAGAACAUGCCCAAACUUUGGAGAAAUACACCUGGGAUUUUAAUGAAGACAAUACCACAGUGCAAUAUCUUGGAGAAGACUUGUUCCUUAUGUUGCAGUCAAUAGUAAUGGCGUGUCAAUCUUCAGAUCUGAUAUCUUUACGAUUGCUACAAACAGAGUUAUGGCCCCUGUUAUCCACAGAACAAAACCAUCUACUGUUUCUUGUCAUUCAGGAACUGACACACCCCUCGGGAGAAGGAGUCUAGUCGUAGUUAGGGAACGCCCACAGAUUGUCACAUGCACAUACACACAAAGGUUAACAUACACAACAGUUCUCUGUACAGGAACUUUACAAGGGAGAGAACUCCUUUGUAUCAUUCAUCCAACCAGAAUAGCUGAUUAUCAAACAAAUCAGAAAGUGUUUACUAUUGGUGUUGCACAUUGGAAAGGAUGAAAAUAAAUUUGUAUUGGUCAUCUUCAAUGAUUUGAAAAAAAUCUUCUGCAAUCUUUCUUAGAUUAGAAAGAUUGAAUAAUUUACUAGGAACUAUUAUACGGAAUUAUUUUAAGUUUUACGAAUAAAGGCAUGUAAGUUGA